AUGUCACUCGUUCCUCUUAUGUUUCGCGACUGGUGGGAUGACUUCGGAAUCGAUCAUCCUUUCAAACUCUUUGACCAGCACUUUGGAAUGGGUUUAAACAGAAACGAUCUCUUAUCCUCUUUUAGGAAUAGUCCAACCUUACUGCGUGGAGGAUAUUUCAGACCCUGGAGAACAGAGUUGCUGAAACAAGAUUCUGGAUCUACUGUGACUGCUGAUAAGGACAAGUUUCAGGUUAUACUGGACGUCCAGCAGUUUAGCCCAAAGGAAAUAACAGUAAAAACUCAAGAUAAUUUUGUGAUCGUUGAAGGAAAACAUGAAGAGAAACAGGAUGAGCACGGUUUUAUUUCAAGGCACUUUGUUCGCAGGUAUAUGCUGCCGACCGAACACAAUCCAAACGACGUCGUAUCGAGUCUCUCAUCUGAUGGCGUUUUAACAAUCACAGCUCCUAAAAAGGCUUUGCCGCCCCCUAGUACCGAACGUGUUGUACCCAUAACUCAAACAGGGCCGGCUAAGGAAACACAGGUGCCCGUGGAACAGAACAAAGAAUAAAUAUUAUAAAAAAUACAUAUACAUAUAUGUUUGAUAAUAAGAAAAUAUUGGUUUUAACAUUUAAUGGAUAAGAGACCUCUGA